AUGAACCUCGUCCGACUACUCUGCUGCUUCCAGAUACCAGCGAAAAGCGAUGCUUUCGAGUACGAACCGCUCGAAUCGUACGAAGAGAAGAGGCCGAGUGCACCGCCGGCCGCCUCGAGCCGCGAGCCCCCUUCGCCUCCCAUCCCAACGGUCAGAGAGACGGUCUUCGCGAGCCCCCUCGUCGAGGUUCGAGUGAUGGCGAGCGGAGAUGACGCGAAGCCGAAGGAGAAGGACGACGCACGGAAGUACGUCCGGGGCGAGCCCGUGCGAGAAAAGGCAAAGGUUCCUGCCCCCCUCGAAGUGGUGCCGUUCGAGGGCGGAACGGCCACCCUGCCGUGGUCCAGAUUCGAGAGGGAAGGAAACACCAUUCAGGACAUUCGCUUCGAUGAGAGGCCGUGCUCCGUGAGGAAGACGAAGAGUAAUAACGCGUGGAAGAAGGACGAGCUGGUCGUGCUGGCACGUGCCUCUGGAUUGCCCAACUGGACCACAUACAAGAAUAAAGCCGCGCUGUGCAAGGCUCUGGCGAUGAAGCACAGCGACGUAGACAUGACCAGACAGAAGACGACGACGAAGAAGAUUCCAACCACCAAGGUGCCCAUCGGCAAAGAAGGUGCUACCCUGGCGAACGUACCGAAGCCGAGGUCUCGACCGUCGAAAUCCAAGACGAAAGAGCUCUUUGCGGGCGGUUCCAAGUUCCCUGGCGUCCCUCUGAUGCCUCACCAGAUCGAAGUCGCAGAGAGGAUGCUCAAUCCUUGCAUCCGAGGGCUCAUCCUUUACUUUGGAGUGGGUUCCGGAAAGACGCUGAGCAGCAUGGCAGCCGCAGAGGCUCUCAUGAAUCAUGGGAUAGUAAAGUCUAUCGUGGUGGUCACCCCUGCGUCGCUUAUAGCAAACUACAAGAAGGAGCUGAGCAAGUUUCACGCCAAGGCCGACAAGUACAACGUCAUGUCGUUCGAAAACUUCACGAAGAAAGCAGAAGGAGGUACGUUUCUCACCAAGGACAAACUCCUGGUAGUGGACGAAGCUCACAACCUUCGUAACGCCGCUGGGCAGAGGUCCAAGGCCAUCUUCGCACAGGCCAAGGGUGCGACGAAAGUGUUGCUUCUGACGGGGACCCCGGUCCAGAACGCUCCUUCGGAUAUCGCACCGUUGGCAAACAUGCUCAGGAAGCACAACGCCAUACCAAAUACAAAGGAGAGCUUUGAUGCUCAUUUCGGAGCGACCGGUCUGGAGAGCGAUCAAGCGACCUUGAAGUCAGCUCUGGAAUGCUGCAUGCUAUAUUACGCACCCUCUUCGAGCGACCCAGAGUACCCUUCCAUAUCCACGGAGAACGUGGAAGUCAAGAUGACGGAGAGGCAACGGCAAGCUCAGCUCGACUUUGCGAAUGCCAACCCGAACAUCGAGCUCGACGACAUCGUCCACGAGAAAAAGAACAUCAUGACUUUCUUUUCGGCUCCCCGACGGACGGCGAACAUCAUCCGACAACAUGGUCAGCCUUCCGACGCCCCGAAAUUCGUCGAAGCGCUGCAGCGGAUAAAGGCCGCCCAUGCGAAAGGCGAGAAGAGUAUAGCUUACAGCAACUUCUUGGAGGCUGGGGUUCAGAUCCUCUCUGACAUGCUCAAAGAUGCGCACAUCAAGCAUCUCAUGGUCACGGGAAAGGAAUCGAAAGCGAAGAAGCAGCAGGCGAUCGAUGAGUAUAACGCAGGCCGAAUCAAGGUGUUGUUGCUCAGCUCGGCCGGUGGAGAGGGACACGAUCUCAAAGGGACGAACCACGUGCAUAUCAUGGAACCGGCAUUCAAUUCGCCGCGUGUCGAGCAAGUCAUCGGCCGUGCGCGGCGCAGAGGGUCUCACACGGACACUCCGAAGAAGCACGUGACCGUUUAUAAGUACUAUGCAAUCAUGAAUGCGACGACGUCUCCGAAUGCAAACGGCUUUGGCAUGCUACAGAAUUGGUCGGCCGAUCAGAUCUUGAGACGUUUCAGCGAGACCAAGGACGAGAUCACUCGCAAGUUCCUCAAAAAGGUCCUGGACUGGAAUGCCGUUGCGAAGCAAAAGUGCUUGAAGUGUUAA